AUGGAAUUAAAUGAUAUAAGAUAUGAAUAUAUAAAAUCAAAAAGAAAAGAAAUAAUAAAUUUAUUUAAUAAUAAUAAGAAUUUUAAUAUAACACAAUGGGAUAUACAUUUAUUUUUUAUUGGUACAAUUUUCAUAUUAAUAAUCAAAAAUAUUAUAAUAAAUAAUUUAUUUCUAACAUUACAACAUUUUAUUAUAAUAUUAUUAUUAAUUAAUUUAAGAUAUCAACGGGAUAUUUUUACACAUUAUUCUACAAUAUUUAAUAUUUUUAUUAAUAAUAUUUUUUUUAUCAUUAAUUCCAAUUAUUCAAAUAAAAUUAAUAAUUUUAAUAAUUUAAAUAAAAAUAAUUUGAAUAAUUUAAAUUUAAAUAAUUUAAAUUUAAAUAAUUUAAAUAUUGGAGAAUCAAAUUUUAAUGGAAUUAUUAGUAUAAUAAUAUUUAUAUUAAUUAAUAUACAUUUAAUAAUUUGGUUAAUAUUAGAUAAAAAAUUAAUUGGUAAUUUUAAUUGUAUAUAUGAUAAUAUAUUAGAAAUAAAUUUAAUUAAUAUAUUUGAAAUUUUUUCAUUAAUUUUAGGAAUAUUAUUUUUCUUUUCAAUAUUAUUUUUUAUUAUCAAAUUAUAUUCUAUAUCAUAUUUAAUUAUAAUUAUUAUAUUAUUUUCAUUAUUAUCAAGAUGGAAAUUUUUAUCCAUUCACUCCAGUAACGGUGGUUCCAGUAACGGUGCUUGUACCAACCGUACCAAUAGUAAUAAUACCUAUAGUAAUAAGUCAUACAGUAGUAAUAAUACCUAUAGUAAGGAUACCUAUAGUAAGGAUACUAAGGUUAGGAAUACUUAUGGUACAUAUGUUAAUAAGUAUAUGAUUGAUAAGAAUAAUUAUUUUCCUAUAGUACAAACAUUAGUAACAUGUUUAAUAAUAAUAAUAUUAAUUAUAUUAUUAUUAAUUAUAUUAUUUACUAAUAAUAAUUUUAUUACACGAAAUACUAAUUUUAUUAAUUUUAUUAAUACAAAUACUAAUUUUAAUAAUACAAAUACUAAUUUUAAUUUUAUUAAUUUGAAAAUAAAAUUAUUUAUUAUAAUAAUAUUAUUAAUAAUUUUAUUAAUAAUUUUUAUAUUAUUUUUAUAUUAUUUUUUUACUAGAAAUAAUUUUCUACAUGAAUUUUUAUUUUCUAAAAUUAUUCUAAUAUUAUUUAAUAAUUAUAAUAUACAAUUUGUCUUUGAAAAUAAGAAAAAUAAGGAAAUAAAUGAUAAUUUGGAUAAAAAAUUAAAUUUGGAUAAAAAAUUGGAAAAUAAUGAAAUAAAUGAUAAUUUGGGGAAAAAAUUAAAUUUGGAUAAAAAUGAGAAAAAGAAGGAAAAAGAAGAAAAUUCAAAAUUAGAUCUGGAUAUGAAUAUGGAUAUGAAUAUGAAUAUGUUGAAAAAAGAAUAUUAUAUAGAAUUAAGAAUAUAUUAUAUAAAUAUAUAUAAUUAUGUAUAUAGAAUAGAAAAUAUAUAUAAAAAAAAGAAAAAAUUAAUUUAUAGAAAUAUAAAUUUUAAUAAAAUAUUAAAAAAUUUAAGUAAUAAAAGUAAUAAAUUAUUAAAAAAAAUAUCAAAUAAAAGUAAUGAAUUUUUAAAAAAAUUUUCCAAUAAAAAUUUUCUACAAGAUGAUAUGAAUAUUAUUAUUAAUAUAGAUACUAAUAGUACUACUCCCGGAAAGGGAGCUAAUUUUAUGGGUACAGAGUGUACUAUGGGAAAGGGAGCUAAUUUUAUGGGUACAGAGUGUACUAUGGGAAAGGGAGCUAAUUUUAUGGGUACAGAGUGUACUUUGGGAAAGGGAGCUAAUUUUACAGCUAUGGAGUGUACCCCUGGAAAGGGAGCUAAUUUUAUGGUUACAGAGUGUACUACCGAAGAAAAUUCCAAUACUAUUGCUGUUGUAACUAAUUUUGGGGAGUCGAGUACUUUUACUGAAGGAUAUAUUAUUAGUGAUGUAAGUAGUGAGGUGGAUGGAGAGGAUAGUGAAGGAGGUGAGUGUGAUGGUGGAUAUGGUGGAGUUGGAGGAUAUGGAGUUGGUGUUGUUGGAGCCCCUUUCGGGACUGUUGGAGGUGUAGGAGCAAGCACCGUAACUGAGGAAAUAGAAUUAAAUAGAAUAUAUUUAUAUAUACAAGAAAAAAUGUUGAAGAAAUAUAAUAAAAAAUCAUUAUACUGUUUAUUACGUAGUUAUUAUCCAUUAGAUUUAAUUAAAUAUCAACAUCAAACAACAUUACUUAAAUAUAAAUUAUUACAAUAUAUACAGCAAUUUUAUCAAUUUAAUUUAUUUAUUAAUUCGGUUUUUCCCGUUACGGUGUCUGGUACUACAGAAAAUACUGAAGAAAAUUCUAAUACACAAAUUGCUGCUAAGGUAGCUACAGUUAUUAAGGAUAGUAAGGAUACUAGUACCAUUGGACCAAGCACCGUUACUGAGGAAAAUUCUAAUACUUUUGCUGCUGUAACUAAAUUUGGGGAGUCAGGUACUAAUGAGGGAAAGGGAGCUAAUUCUAUGGUUAUGGAAUGUACUACCGGAAAGGGAGCUAAUUUUAUGGGUAUGGAAUGUACUACCGGAAAGGGAGCUAAUUUUACAGCUACAGAGUGUACUAUAGGUAGUGGUGGUACUAUGGGAGCAAGCACCGUAACGGAAGAAGAAUUAGAUAUAAUAAAUACAUUUACAAAUUUAAAUGUAAUAAAUAAAAGAAAAAAGAAAAGAAAUGUAAAAUAUUUAACAAAUUUAUUUUCAAGAAAAUUUUCUAGUAAAUUUUCUGAUAAUUCCGUUACGGUGACUGGUCCCACAGCUACUAAAGGUACUACGGAUAGUACAGUUGUACCAGGUACUACUAAUGGUAGUACUAAUGAGGAGAAAAUUUUGAAUGAAAUUGCUGCUGUAACUACUAAUAGGGGAUUAGGUACUAAUGUGGAUACUAAUACUGUUACUAAUGGAGUUAAUGGCAGUGAGGAAGGGGCUGGCCAUGUACCAGUCACCGUUAUGGAGGAAGAAAUAAAUGGAUUACAAUUAAAUAUGAAAUUAUUUUCAUUAAAUAAUUUAAAUGAAAUAAAUAAAUUAAAAAGAAAAUUAAAUAUAAUAAAUUAUACAAAUUCUUAUAAAAAAUUUAUGAAAUUUAAUAAAAAUAUAAAUGAUUCUAUUGGUGGUAUUACAGAUACCACAGGUACAAUCACUGUUACUAAAGGAAAUUCUACUACCAAUAUUGCUGCUGUAACUACCAUGGGAAAGGGAGCUAAUUCUAUGCUUAUGGAGUGUACCCUUGGAAAGGGAGCUAAUUUUAUGCCUAUGGAGUGUACUACUGAGAAAAAUCUGAAUACAAUUGCUGCUGUAACUAAUUUUAGGGAGUCAAGUACUAAUAGUACUAAUAGUGAUGAAUCUAGUAAUAAUGAGGAGUAUGGUACUUAUACUGAUGAUACUUCUGUUGUUGGUGUACCUGACACCGUAACGGAAGAAUAUGUAAAUAAUAUUAUGAAUGAAUUAAUUAAAGAUUUAAAUUUAUAA